GCAGUGGGCGGAGUCGAGGCCCAGCGCUGCUGAUAGACAAUAUCGAGCCUUUGGAUUCGUAAAAAACGAACAGAAUCGAGAAGAAAAAGCGAAAAACGAGUCAAUAACGACGCAAAGCGGCAGCUUUCGCUGACCUGCAGUCAUGGAUCCGUCUUCACCCCCCGACACGAACCCGGAGGUCACGGUAGAGCCCGUUGAACCUGCAUCAGACGCCGCCCGACAAACAGAUGCUUAUCAGGAGUCGCCUGGAAAACCCAAAAUAUGUGAGGAACCACUUGCAGGUCCAGACGAGGAACCGUCUGCAGAACUAGCAGCUCCAGAACUAACCCCAGAAUCACCGUUCCCAGAACUAAAACCAGAGCCACCGUUCCCAGAGCCCGUCCCAGGGCCUCCAGCGGCAAACUCCUACAAGAUCAUGACCUUCAGACCCACCAUGGAGGAGUUCCAAGACUUUGGAAAGUACAUCGCGUAUAUAGAGACCCAGGGAGCUCACCGCGCUGGUCUGGCGAAGGUCAUUCCACCGAAAGAGUGGAAGCCGCGGCAGACCUACGAAACGAUCGAGGAGAUGGUUAUCCCCGCCCCCAUCAUGCAGGUGGUGACCGGCCAAUCAGGACUCUUCACCCAAUACAACAUCCAGAAGAAGUCCAUGACGGUCGGAGAAUAUCGCAAGCUGGCCAACAGUAAAAAGUACUGCACCCCUCAACACAAGAACUUUGAUGACCUGGAAAGGAAAUACUGGAAAAAUCUGACGUUCGUGUCGCCCAUUUACGGCGCCGAUAUCAGCGGGUCCAUUUAUGAUCCGGACAUUACGGAGUGGAACAUCGGUCAUCUGAACACUCUUCUAGAUAUGGUGGAACAGGAGUGUGGAAUCGUCAUCGAGGGUGUGAACACACCCUACCUGUAUUUCGGCAUGUGGAAAACCACUUUCGCUUGGCACACGGAGGAUAUGGAUCUCUACAGCAUCAACUACCUGCACUUCGGGCAACCCAAGUCUUGGUAUGCGAUUCCUCCUGAGCACGGCAAGAGGUUGGAGCGACUGGCACAAGGUUUUUUCCCAGGAAGUUCUCAAGGCUGCGACGCAUUCUUGCGUCACAAGAUGACACUCAUCUCCCCAUCCAUCCUGAAGAAGUACAGCAUCCCCUUUGACAGAAUCACCCAGGAAGAGGGCGAGUUCAUGAUCACGUUCCCGUACGGAUAUCACGCAGGAUUCAACCACGGAUUCAACUGCGCCGAGUCCACAAACUUCGCCACCCUGCGCUGGGUCGACUACGGCAAGAUGGCCACCCAGUGCUCGUGUCGUAAGGACAUGGUGAAGAUCUCGAUGGACGUGUUCGUGCGCUGCCUGCAGCCGGACCGUUACAGUCUGUGGAAACAGGGCAAAGACGCCACCGUUCUGGAUCACCUGAAACCAACAACCCUCACCAGCCCCGAACUCGAGCACUGGAGGAAAAACAGAGUCACGUACAGAGAGAAACUCCUUCGCAGAACUCAGGCGAAGGUGAAACAGUUCCGCCGUCUGAAGCUGGAGGAACUGAAGGUUCUGGAGGAGGAAGGAAUCGAGCUGGAGAUGACCGAGUACCUGCGUAAGGUGGAGGAGCGAGAGGAGCAGAGGAGGAAACGGAGAGACGAGCGCAUGGCGAGGGAGGCGCUCCUCACGCUGGAGGCGCUGGAGAGAGAAGAACAGGAACAGGCCGAGGCGGCGCUCCGCGGAGAAGAUGGAAAAACGGAUUCCCAGGAUCUUCCUAAUGGCGAGCCGAAAAAGAGAAGGAAAAAGAAGCCGAAGAUUCCAGAUGACCUGACCUUCCAGCAGGCGUUUGAACAGUUCGCCGCGACGAACGACCUACAGAACCGAAAUGAUGUAGCAGACGGCAUACAGGCGAGUCCCUUCAAAAAGCAGAAGAAGAAGAAGAAGAUGGAGGUGAAGAAGAGCAGAAGACAUCCAUUCAGCAAGCCGCCCAUGCGCUCACCGCUCUCUAUCGUCAAACAGGAAGCCUCCAGCGACGAGGAGCUGUACUCUGGGCUGCCAGUAGGGGGCGGUGUGGGACAUGUAACCAAGAAGGAUGAGGAGAGCAAUCUGUGGCAGAACCGCACACCAAACUUCCUCUCUGAGAAACAGUUCAAUGCUGCCAUGGCAACCAUCGAGCCCCACUGCGCCGUGUGCAUGCUGUUCUGUCCGUACAAACAGGCUCUUAAGGACCCCUUCAAUGUCUCGGACACGCCCGGGUCAGUCUCUUGCUUUGGGACUUGCACCCGUCCGUUGGUCCCGGAGAUGUGCUUCAGUGCCGGUGCUGAGAACACAGAACCUCUGCCGUCAAAUUCGCACAUCGGUGAUGAUGGUACCAGCAUUCUUCUGUGCUGCAAUAGCUGCAGUCUGCAGGUCCAUGCAAGUUGUUAUGGCGUCAGUCCCGACACAAAGCCAGAAGGGUGGAUGUGUUCUCGGUGUACUGCAAUAGCUUGGACCGCUGCCUGCUGUUUGUGUAGUUUAAGAGGAGGAGCUCUGAAGAAGACCACAGACGACAGGUGGGUUCAUGUAAUCUGUGCCGUCGCUGUGGCCGAGGUUCGUUUUGUCAACGCUGUGGAGCGCGAGCCCGUGGAUGUGACCGCUGUCCCCGACACCAGAAAGAGAUUGAAGUGCGUCUACUGCCACAAGACGACCAAAGAGUUCAUGGGCGCGUGUAUCCAGUGCUCUUAUGACAACUGUUCGAAGUCUUUCCACACCACCUGCGCCCUUCUCGCUGGAGUGGUCAUGAAGCCAGCGGAUUUGCCAUACGUGGUGUCCGUCACCUGUCAUAAACACAAACAGACCAAUCAGAAGCAGGUGAAAAACAUCUCUCGCGAGCUGUCUCUAGGUCAAGAGGUCAUCGGCAGGAACAGCAACGGUUGGUUCUAUCACUGCGUCAUCACCGGUAUCGGCUCGCAGAGCUACUACGAGGUCAACUUCGAUGAUGGAUCGUACUGUGAUAACGUCUUCCCAGAGAACUUACUGAGUCACGACUGUCUGCGCAAUGGCACUCCGGAACUCGGAGAGCUGGUGGUUGUGAAGACGAUAGACGGACGCCUCCUCAAUGCGUCUUUUGUCAAAGAACACGUCCAGAGAUACUACCAGGUGGAGUUUCAGGAUGAGACGCAGCUCUUACUGAAGCGAAGUGAAAUUCACUCUCUGGACCAAGAUCUGCCCAAGAGGGUCUUGUCUCGUCUGACAACUGGGAACCAGCAACCACCUCAGAACCAGCCAUCGGACGAACCUCUGGCCGCAAAACGUCCACGUCUGCCAACCCCGCCCCCUACGCUAGCCAUUGAGCCCUCAGCACUACCUUCAGAUUUACUCACUGCUUUCCUGCCCAAUAGCAUUACUCCAAACACCAGCACUGCCCCCGCUACCCUACCUGCCCCAAUGCUCACCAUUUCUGCCCCAAUGCCCACCUUAACUGCCCCAGCGCCCAACCAACCUGCCCCAGCCCCUGAGCCUGAACCCAACGAAAGCUACACUCACAGCUCCAGCUACAUAGCCUACAUGGAGUCCCUCCUUAACUCGGACUUUCCACCUGAGGAGGGCGAACAAGGCACGGAACCGAUGUAUUAAAGCCUCAUCUAGUGCUACUGGUGAUUCAUCAAUGCUUAUAGGCUCUAUCUCAUCCACUGCAUGUCUCUCUUGUUCAUUUAUUCGCUGUUGUGCUAAUCUGAGUCUCAUGCCUACGAACGGCACGCGUGAGAGACGCAUGCGUGUCGUCUUGGACUACAACAGAAAUGGACCCAGUACAUAGCCUUGGGGGACACCACCCUCUUCCGACCCUUCAACGAUCCCUCGCUCUGUCUCUCUUUCUUGGAAAGAGCCACCAUACGUUUGUGUUUUUUGGAUGGAUAAUCAGUCACUCUGUGCCGUUUACUUUAUACCCGGUUUUCUCUAUUAAGUACUAAAUAUUUUUCUAAUUCAAGCCAAAAUGUCAUUCUAACCAGUCGCAGAUCAAAUAGACGGAGUCUGUAUCUGUACAGUUUCAGGUAUUUUUCUUUGUACUCAAGGGUUGUUGGGUGAAAGGAAGGCUUUAAGCUGGGGAAAUGGGAUUUAAAGUAUAUUUAAAUGUCUUUUGUCACAUAUAGAUUUAAUAUUUGUAUAAAGAAAUUGCAAUUAUGGCAGCAUAAGAAGCUAUGGGUUUCAGUUAGCGUACACAUCUGUGUUACGAUAGAUUAUCGCGUCUUCAUGUAUUCUUCUAGCGACUAUAAUCGACUAUAAAAUGUUUUUCAGCACCAGAAGAUUGCAUUUGUUUUUGUAGCAUACUUGGUAAACGUAUACAUUGAUAUUGAAUUCUAUUCAACUUGUCUGUUUUUAUUAUAAUUCCUGUUGUUGCUGUUAUUAUUAUUAUUAUUUCUAUCGAUUUUUAUUUGGUGAAACUUUGGAACAUAAUGUCGAAAGAUGAAAAAAAAAUAGAGUUGCAUUUAUCGUUUUUAUUCAAGAGAUUGAAGUUGCAUCUAUUGGGACGUAUAGUUGUAUACGCAAACCGCCUUCUCACGGUGCUAUAGAGGUCUCGGACUUCUGAGGGGCGCGCUGGGUCACAUCCCAUGAUCGCUUGUACAUACUAGAUGUCUUAAUCAUGAGUUUGCUCCUGUUUGUCCUCAAUAUAACUUUCAGUGUACUGUCAGGUCUUUUCAAACACCAUGUCGCACUCAAUAAAUGGAUUGGAUUUGGUUUCCGAUGUUCUCGAAAUGUUUUCUGACGUUGUUUUGAUGUGGGCAAGCAGCUUCUUUCACGAAUCAGCUCGUCACAUUAAUAUUAAUAAGGUUCACAGAGUCCUAUCGGAUUUGCUGCAAGGCAGACAAGUGGGCGUUAACCAUAACGAUAUUAACGUUUUCCGCCUUGCGUGCUUUGUCAGUUCACUGCCGACGUGAUCGGCUUGGGUCGAGCCGUUGUUUUCUGCAGUCAACUACAAACAAAAUGUCAAAUUUACCCCAAAACUGGGGGCACCUGGCUUCCCCAUAUUGGUACACACAGUAGCUCCGCCCAUCGUUAAAUCUCAUUGGUCCUAAUUUCUUUACAUUUCUUUUUCAUGGCGUCUGCCCUUUAACAAUGAGUUCUUUUAAUCCGAAUAACAUCGGCAAGUCUUCGGGAAGUGCGUUUGUAUAGAGAUUAAGCGAGUAAGUCCUCCGUUCGAUGUUACAACCUCACCUCUCCUCUUACGACUGACGUCAGACGUUGUUUGUCAUAUUGUCAUAAUGCUACACAACGUCAACAGUCGUUCUAAGACUGGACACAGUGUGUCAGUGGCAUUUGUACGCUUCUGUUCCUGGGGUUUCUGGUGUGUGUUAACAGGAAUGUCGGGAAUUCAAUGAUUUAAUCGCCAACAGCUCGCAUACUGAUGACGGCAAAUGUUGAUCUGUGCAGAAGUGCUAUAGAAAGAUUCGAAUAAAAUGUGAAGUGAAAUUGUGCUUCAUGUUUGUGUGUUUUUCUUACAUGCUUCCGAUAGUGAUAGAAAAGCAGGAAAUACCAGGGAAUUUAAAAAUGGUAUUUUCUAUGCCUGGAAAGGGAUUUGUUUUAGAGUUGUGAAAUAUUUGUAUAGUUAUAUGCAGCUCUUAUGGUGCGUUCACACACGAAGGAAAGUUUCACCUUGCAUUGCUUGCGCAAGUUUGACCGCUGGAUUAUAAAUGUGUGUUUAAAGUCACGCGAACCCGCGAGUAUUCCCGCUUCUCUGCCGGAAAAGGAUGACUUGGUUUAUCAUAACGUACAACCAAAAGCUGGAAUCAAGUAGAUUUUCAGAACUAACCAGGUAGUCCAACUUCCUGGCUCAUUUUCCUCCAAGCGAUGUCUUUAUUCGUCCGGUCUCUGUACACGUAUGACGUUGUGUCGUACAAUUCCGGGUGCCCACACACACACCGCUACAACAAUCGUUUCAUCCAUUUUUCCAGAUUUCUUCUGCUACUACGUCAGUACGUCAGUGACAUCCGGACAAUCUCAAUGCUGAUAGGCUUUCGCGACUUUUUCGCUCGAGUUGACAAAUUUCAUGAAGCGAUUUCACGUGUACGAUUCGCGCCUCUUCGCAUCGACUUUGUAUGUAAUCACACCGCGCGAAACGCUCGCUUCGCGUUUUAUGUGAACGCACCAUUAUGACCUCAUAAUGUAUUAAUUGCAAGAUGACAAUUUGUUUGCUUGGAUUGAAUAAAAUUU